GUCAAGAAAACACAGGAGGAGAUACCGUAGCUCCAGCCAGCACUGCCGUUUACAUUAAAAAAAUUAGCCGAGUAGAAAACGAAGCCACAGGCAUAAAUUAUUUAGAACAAGCCAUUAAGGCUUUGCCGUCAAAUGCUCUUAAAAAAUCUUCUACCACUAUUGACAUUCCUAUGGGUUCUUAUACUCAACAAAUAAUCGGCUUUAAUAGUUCAGGUAGUUUAGACACGGGACAAAAAGGAGACAAAUUGACUAUUAAACUCAACGGCACUAAUUUAUCGGUGAGAGUUCACGGCAAAUCCAUUAAACGAGAAUUUAUUGAAACCAAAGUGAAAGGCCGAGAAAUCGGCCCAGCCGAAUUAGAAACCCGAGAAGAGGAAACCGAGGAACCUAUGGAGGAGGAAAUUGACAUCGAUAAUUUAGAAAUGGAAGAGCCCGAAGGAGAAAUCGGAGACCUGACAGGAGAAUUGGAAGAAGAGUCGGAAACUGAAUGA